AUAAGAAUAAGACGAACAGAACAGCUUCUAAGUCACUUCAUAUGCUUCGUCUAUAACUUCAUCAAUUUCAACUGAAUAAGCCGAUUAAGCAAACUUUAGUGUUAUCAAACGAGCCCUAAGGAAUACUCAUGUAGUCUAAUAUAGUCUUUCACUUUUUUCACCUCAACCACAAUAAUACAUUUUUAGUUUUUUAUUUAUAAGUGUGUCAAUUUAAAGUUAACUCAAGACGGAGUAUAUAUUACCGUACGAUCAAUUUUUCAUGACUGAAUAAAGAAACUUAUAACAAUUAAUGUUUUCAUCACAAUCCCUAUUUCAUUUUAAAAUCCUACAAAUAUAAAUUACAAUGAUUAUGAUUACCCUCAAUUUUCCACUUAUCCCUAGAAUUUUCCAACAACAAAAAACUCUGAAAAGUCAGAAACAAAAUUACUCCGUAAAAGAAUUGAAGCAUAACACAGUGGAGAGACCCUUCUGCAAGAGAAUGCAGCCGCUGAGGCUAUAAAUACAUACUAGCUAGUAUUAUCAGUUUAUCACAAGCUGAGGCUAUAAAUGCAUAUUAUUGCAAGUGAAUCUUUUCCUUCAUUCUGUGGGUAUAUUUUUUUUAUAAAGACAAUAAAGAUUGGUAGAGGUAGAAAAAUAAAAGUUACGUUUUUGGGUGGGUUCGAGAGGCACCAAGAAUGGGAAGGGGUAGGGUUGAGCUGAAGAGAAUAGAGAACAAGAUCAAUAGGCAAGUGACUUUUGCUAAGAGAAGGAAUGGUCUGCUGAAAAAAGCUUAUGAACUCUCUGUUCUUUGUGAUGCUGAGGUUGCUCUCAUCAUCUUCUCCAAUAGGGGAAAGCUCUACGAGUUCUGCAGUAGCUCUAGCAUGCUCAAGACAUUAGAGAGGUACCAGAAGUGUAACUAUGGAGCUCCAGAAACAAAUAUAUCGUCAAGGGAGGCUCUGGAGAUUAGUAGUCAGCAUGAGUAUCUAAAACUGAAAGCAAGAUAUGAAGCUUUGCAGAGAUCACAAAGGAAUCUUCUAGGGGAAGAUCUUGGCCCUUUGAACAGCAAGGAUCUUGAAUCUCUUGAGAGGCAGCUUGAUAUGUCACUGAAGCAUAUCAGAUCAACUAGGACUCAACUGAUGUUAGAUCAACUAACAGAACUGCAGAGGAAGGAACAUGCCCUAAAUGAAGCAAACAAGAGCUUGAAACAAAGGUUGAUGGAAGGAAACCAUCUAAAUAUGCAUUGGAAUCCAAAUGCAGCACAAGAAAUGGGAGGGUAUGGACGCCAAACAACACAUGCUCCACAGGGUGAUGUCUUCUUUCAUCCCCUGGAGUGUGAGCCAACAUUACAGAUUGGGUACCCAACUGAUCCAGUAACAGUAGGAGCAGCAGGUCCUACUUUGAAUAACUAUAUGCCUGGGUGGUUUCCAUGACUGUAUGAAUAUAUAUUUAUAUAUAUAUAAUGCUGCUUCAUGAUUUGAAGUUUCAUAUCGACCAGAAGCUUCUGAAAAAAUCAACUGAAUGGUGCCCUUUUGUAAGUUUGACGAUAAAAAGGGCAUAACUGUCUUUCUGCAUCUCUGCAUAACUGUGUUGUAAAAAAGUGCCUUUUGUUUCUCUGCUUUAAUGUUUAAUAAUUUGAAUGUGAGUUUAAUGCACAAGAUGCUUACUUCUGUUCGAAUAUUCCAAUUCCCCAAAAUAUUUUAGAAUUUGUUUGGU